UCAAUACACAAUAUACUAGUAUUAGUUAUUCAUCAUUCUGUCCUUUUCCAUGAAUGUGAGAUUCUCAGCUACUAACACCCGAAACUCUCCUCGUCCGUCUGUGCGCCUGCGCUGGCAUAAUUCUUCCAAAACCUUUUUCCCCACUCUUUUUUCUGUUUCUUACUCUGUUAAAGAUAGAGAGAGAGACCCUUUGAGCUUUUGAUAAAAAAAAGGGUAUCUUUUUAUUCUAAUUCCACGUGUGCCCCAAUCUCUCUAAAACCCCAUCAUCAAAAAUUUCGAAUUCACUCUUUCUUCUACGCCCUUCCCCUGAAUUUUCUUGGUAAUAUUUGUUGUUACUUUUUUCCAUCUUCUCUCACAUGGUUGUUGAUCAUGUUUUGCAAUUGUUGUUGUCUUGAUCACUAUGAUGGUUUUUGGUGGCUUGUGAAAUUUUUGAAAAGCAGAGGAAUAGGGUUGAAGUUCUAGAACAACUGCCUCAAUCCAAAUAUAUAUCAAAAUCUUAUCUUUGUUUCUCCAAGUCUUGAAAGAGGAGUUAAAUGGAAGUUUUAGAUUAGUUUUGGGCUUUAAGCAGACAGCUAUACAAUGUAAGAAUUGCAGAUGUUGGGGACAUAAUGCAGCUAUAUCAUCAUCCAUAUUCCUUGGACAGCCAGAAAGUGAGGCUCGUGUUGGAGGAGAAGAACAUCGAUUACACAUCAUUCCAUGUCAAUCCGAUCACGGGCAAGAAUUUUGAGUCUAGUUUCUUCAAGAAGAACCCCUCUGCAAAACUUCCUGUUUUCCAGAAUGGUUCCCACAUCUUGUUCGACACUAUUGAAAUCAUCCAGUACAUAGAGAGAAUUGCGAUGGUCUCUUGUGGCGGAGAGGAAUCGAGUCUGAGCAGUGGGGAAGUUGUGGAAUGGAUAUACAAGAUACAGCAAUGGAAUCCGAAGCUAUUCACUCUCUCCCACAUCCCGCCUAAGUAUCGUCUCACUGUUUCUAAAUUCCUAAGGCGCGUGAUCAUUGCAAGGAUGGCUGAAUUCCCCGAACUGGCGAGUGCAUACCACCGUAAGCUGAAAGAGGCGUACGAUACGGAAGACAAACUCAAAGACCCAGAAACCCUAAGACGAAGUGAGGAACAUCUUGAGAGAAUUCUUGAUGAAGCAGAGGAGAAACUAAGUGAGACUACGUAUUUGCUGGGCGAGGAGUUCACUCUUGCAGAUGUCGUCUUCAUCCCUCUUCUGAGUCGACUGGCGCUACUGAAUCUGGAAGAGAAAUACGUUGCUACGAGACCAAACCUGGCCGACUACUGGAAUCUGGUGCAGAAGAGGCCCAGCUACAGAAAGGUAAUUGGGAAACAUUUUGAUGGAUGGAGACGGCACAAUACACUGUUUAGAACUUGGUGCUUUGUGCAGAUCAGAAUUUUACUUAAACAAUAUUAGAGAGCUGCAUCGAUUUUGCUACAACUGUAAAUAGGAUUUGGAUCUCGUGUUGCACUACUAAAAGAAAAGGAGAGACUUUUACAUCAAUUGUUAAAAAAACUAGUCACCAAUGUGUAUUUCUUUUUCAUCAACAGUGUAUGUAUGCAAUUGUGAAUGUUGUAAGCUAUGUCUAAAGUAUAAGAAUGGUACAUUUUUGGAAAA